AAAAUUAUAAACACCCCUUUAAUUACCUAUUCCCUUACGUCCCCAGCAGCAGUAGCCCCAGCCCCCAGUGCCGCAGUUGCGCUCAGCUAUCUCUGCUGAGCCGAUUAGAUAAAUCCGGCGGAGGAAGAGGGAAGAAUUAUCGUGCGAUAUUUCCCCCCUCCCACUCCCUCUCUCUCUCUCUCGAUUUGCCCGAGAAAUUUUUUUGGUUGUUUCCCGCAUCACUCUCCACUAGGCCGCCGUCUCCCCCGCUGGUGCUCGUCGCUUCCUGCCCAAUUCGGCGCCAUUCGCCCGGCGCACUCCCUAUUAAUUCCCUGCCUCGGUAGUCACUGGCCGAUUGCCACGUGAAAUUUCCUGUUCCGUUGCCUUUCGGGUGCGCCUGAAGUACCCACACGCUACUAGGGUUCAAUCGUCGUCAGCAGGCUUACCUCUCAAUCACUGCGGGGCGGCGGCUCGAGAGUUUGUGGACAGUUGGCGAAGAGAUAGUUAGGUUUUUUUUUUGUCUCCCGUGUCCGAUGGAGGAAUCGGACUUGGGAGGUAAUCUGGGUAAGCAAACGGAAGAGGAUAAGGCUGCGGGAGAAUCAGGGGAUGAGGGUAAGAUCGAGAGGAGCCAAUCUAUCAAUCUGAAUAGAGUGCCAGCAGUUGCUGUAGAGGCGAUGAGCACCCAGGGAAACUGUGAGACGCACGGUGCAGCAGUGCCAGGAACUAAGGAUGCAGGCACAGGAAAGGCAGGGCAAUCCAGUGGCGAUCGACAGGAGGAGAAGUUACCCAAGUGUGAGCAGGUCGACUAUGGAAGUGAAGUUGAAGGCUGCGCAGAUGAUGAGAACCCUGGCAAGAGGGCUGCUUUAGUUACUUUGGUUGGAAAUGAAUACUGCGGCGACGAGGAUGAGAGAGUUCAAGUGCUCACCAUUGUCAAGAAGGACGAGCAUGCAGAUGACAUUGUCGACCGUAUUAAUCCUGGCACAGUUGCAGGGUACAGUGAAGUGAAGGGUGCUGUAGGUGCUUCUGCCGCCACUUCUGCGGUGCGACCUGCUGGCUCCCGAUCGUCAAGUUUCCAUGGUGUGACUAGGCAUAGAUGGAGUGGGAAAUAUGAAGCUCAUUUGUGGGACAGUUCUUGCAGAGUAGAGGGACGUAGAAGGAAAGGGAAACAAGUUUAUCUAGGAAGUUAUGAUACCGAGGAAAAAGCGGCCAGGGCUUAUGAUGUUGCUGCUAUUAAAUACUGGGGCGAAAAUACCAGACUGAACUUUCCGAUUUCACAAUACGGCAAGGAGUUGGAGGACAUAAGGGAUUUGUCUCGAGAGGAAUGUGUGACAUACUUGAGAAGGAGGAGCAGCUGCUUUUCAAGAGGAGCUUCUAUUUAUAGAGGAGUGACAAGAAGGCAGAAAGACGGGAGAUGGCAAGCACGCAUAGGACUGGUUGCUGGAACUAGAGACAUUUACCUGGGAACAUUCAAAACAGAGGAAGAAGCUGCAGAGGCUUAUGAUAUUGCUGCCAUUGAGAUACGUGGCAAAAACGCUGUGACCAAUUUUGACCGAAGCAACUAUGUCGAUAAGGGUAUGCACUGUAUAGAAGGCGAAGGCUUGAGGCUGCUUGCAUCCAAGCCAGAAGAAUGACUUCCAAGUUCAAUGCAGUGAUUGUCGAUCGAGCAGAUUUGGCCAGACGUAUAUGCAGCUUAGUUGGUACAUAUACAGAUAGGAGAACCGGUUGCAGUUUGUCAAUAUUCCUGCUUUACAUGACUUGGGAUUACAGUUAAAUCGACCCGCUAGCAAAAAAAAGUGUGCAAAUGUUAGUAGAUUUGGCCAGACAUAUAUGAAGAUUUUGGGGUUGUAUCAUAAGGCCUCGUAGGAUAGAUCUUUCUGCAAAUGUUAGCGAAGCCAGUGUUUAUGUUCUGUUUGCUAGAUUAGCGUUAUCAGUUUGCACGUUCCCCUUUUUUUUCUGAAUAAUUGUCCUUGUAUGAUCUUGAGGGAAUGCGUUUACCUGGUCGUUUGCCAUUCUUUUUA